AUGACCAUCUUCGACGCCCUCAUCAUUGGUGGAGGCCCGGCCGGGCUAUCGGUCGCCACCGGCCUCGCGCGUCAACUGCAUCGAGCUGUCGUAUUCGAUUCUGGGGUCUAUCGCAACGCCCUUACGACCCAUAUGCAUAACGUCGCUACGUGGGAUCAUAAGUCGCCGGAAGAGUUUCGCCAGGCCGCCAGAGAGCGCAUUUUGUCGCGUUACGACACGAUCCAAUUUGAGAAUAUCGAGAUCAAGAAGGUCGCACGGAAUACCGAAGGAGGCUUUAAUGCUAUCGACUCCCGAGAUCGGGUAUGGAUGGGGAAGAAGUUGGUGUUCGCCAAUGGAGUUCGCGAUAUUUUCCUAGACAUCCCGGGAUAUGGAGAUUGCUGGGCACUAGGAAUAUUCCACUGUCUCUUCUGCCAUGGAUUUGAAGAACGAGGCUGCGAAUCUGCCGGCGUACUCGCUAUCGGCGAUCUAGCAAACAGUAUGCCGGCGAUGCACGUCGCACGUAUGGCCCGGCGGUUCGCCACAACCGUCACUAUCUAUACACACGGCGCGCAAGAGCUCACUCAGGCGCUCGAGAAGGCGAGCAGUGAUUCAGGUAUCAAGGUGGAUAGUAGGCCUAUCGCGCGCCUAGUCAAGGGACCGGGUGCAUCGGACGUAGAGGUAGGAUUUGAGGAUGGUACCCAGAGGAUGGAGGGAUUCCUGGCCCACAAACCCAAGACGGAAAUCAAUGGCCCGUUCGCCGAACAACUAGGAUUGCACCUCACGUCUGAUGGCGAUAUCAAGACAACAGAGCCGUUCUAUAGUACCUCCGUCCCGGGCGUGUUUGCGGCGGGUGACUGCGCCGGGCCUAUGAAGGCAGUCGUAAUGGCCAUGUCGUCGGGGACGUUAGUGGCGGGAGGAUUAGCUGGACAGUUGCAAGCGGAGUUGUACUCGCCAGAGCCGAAAGUGACAGAGGAUUCUUGA